GGGUCUGUUUUUGUGGAUUUUUGUGGUUUUUAUUCAGUUGAAUUGGUGCAUGAUUGAUGAAUGCCGCUGGAUUGGUGUCGCGAAAUUCGGGACGGUGGAAUUGUGUGGGAAGAAUGCCGUGGUGGCGAUGAAUGCUCUGGAUUCCUAAAUUGCCUGUAGAAUUGAUCCAAAUUUGUCUGCAGAGUUGUUCCAAAAGUAGGAAAUAGCUAUGCAGGGGUUCCGAAGGGGUGAGCUCUUGGAUAGAUUGGAUGUGACGCAGAAUUAUUGUGAGAUCCAAGGUUAAUUUGCGAGAAUUUCUAGGACUAAACCCAAUCAGCACUUGGAUUUCCACUGGGCUGAAAUAGUGGAGAGUUGUACAGUAAAUGUGAGAAAAGAUAUUUUGUCUUUUAGGACACGAUUUCCCUUCUGUUGUGGUCACGGUACAUGGUUUUGUAAGAGCGGUGGAGUAGCAGAGGGACGAACUUGCAUACGUAGCAGGCUUGGGAGGACGACUUUUCGUUGGGAUACCGCGUUUCGUUGUCUCGUCUUCUUCGAAAUUGGCUCUGCUAUCUCUUCCCAUCCCCCUCUUCUCUGGUCCCAUGACUAAGGGCAAGCACAACAUCAAGAAACUAUGGCUUCCGAAACCGAAAGUUGAGGCAGUUGAGAAAGCGCCUGGGCGCGAUGUUCCUUCUGGGUCCUCUCAACCAUCUGCGUCCUUGUCUUCCAGCUUUUCUGGUAAGAAAUCAGGCGAUCCGCACCAGUACGACUCCGUUGUGGGUGAGCUAGCAGAUCUGCACUUGGAACCAGGAUUGCAUUCCCCUACACAGGAAUUCGAGUCAGUGAAAGUCGAAUCGAAUAGUGAUGGAACUGCAAAGACUGUGCCUAAAAAUGACACUAAUCUGGAGAAGCAAGGGAAAGGGUUAGAAGCUGUCAAUCGGAAGAAUGAAGGACAUAUCAACAAAGGCGGAAAGGGGACCGUCGUGAAAUCUAAGAAAGUCAAUAGAACUGUAGCUCAAGCCCAGCUACUAGCAACAUUUUAUCCAAAAUUUGAGAAUGAAAAAUCGGAUCAAGAGGUGAGAAUGCGGAUGCAGGAGGUGGUGAGUGCCGGAAGUGGAGUUUUGGAGGUGACUAUGAAACAUUCUGGAUCGUUAUUCCUUUACUCGGGUGACAACGGAGGAGCUUUUGCUAAAAAUAGCUUUGGAAAUUUGUAUACAGCAGUAGGUGUGUAUGUUUUGGGACGCACUCUCAAAGAAGCAUGGGGAGCGCAGGCAGGUCAGAAGCAGCGAGAGUUCAACGCUUAUCUCAAGGAGCAUCGUAUUUGCAUAGGAAUGGAGCUAGUAACUGCUGUGUUAGGGGAUCAUGGGCAACGCCCUUUGCAAGAUUAUGUUGUGGUUACAGCAGUGACGAAACUGGACGGGCGUCCUCUCUUCCUGUCUACCGCUGACGUUGUUGCUUUUUGUCAUCAAUGGCGAUUACCAACAAAUCAUUAUUGGUUAUUCUCCACCAAAGCUUCUGUCACGUCGUUUUUCACCGCUUAUGAUGCACUCUGCGAGGAAGGACUCACAAGUACUGUUGCAAAAGUAUUGAAUGACAUUGCCGAUAUUUAUUUAUCAGCGACCAAGAGACACGAGGAUAUUCAGGGGGAGAUCCUUGAGGGGCUUGUAGCUCGUGUAGUGACUCCUGAGAGUGCAACCUCCUUAAGUGAAGUUCUUAUUAAGUUUCCACCUCCUCCAUCUCCUGAAGUGUUUAUCCGUGAGAAAGGACUUCGUGAAAUAUGUGCAUCUAAUCGAGAUGCUGUAUCUAAGCAAGUUGAGGCCCUUUUGAAAGCUGUAGGCUCAGACUUCUGCUCAGAUUGGACAGAUUGGCUUGACGAUAAAGUUUCAGGACAUGAAGAUAAGAAGAAUACUCCUUUGAGUCCAAUGCUAGAGACCUUUCUUCAUUCAAAUCCUGCCGAUUACUCUACGAAAAAACUUCAAGAGAUGAUUCAAGUGAUUCGUAAGUCAAAAUUACCUGUCCGAUUUAAAUGCCACACAAUUAAGUCCAGUCAGAGCACAGACGAUCAGGACCAAGUUAUUUCCCAUUUCAAGAUGAUCGUACACGUCUUAUCUGAUUCUGCAUUUCGACGGUACCAGAGAGAAAUGAGAAAGCAUGCUCAUCUAUGGCCUUUAUACAGAGGUUUUUUCGUGGAUGUGUGUGUGCUCACUGGCAGCAACGCUCCUGAAGUGAUGAACAUGAAAAGCCUAGCAGAUGAUAGUGAUCAGGAAACCAGUGGCUUUGGUGAAAGUGAGCAAAGUGACUCCGUCGAUGAAACAGAAAAUUUAAUGUUGAAGAUGAAAUUUCUACCAUAUAAGAUCCGCACUUUCCUUAUUCGGAAUGGCAUUAGUGCUCUUUUUGAUAAAGGCGUAGCUGAUUAUAAAGAGUAUUACACCAGGCAGAUGCAAAUUUGGGGCACGUCGGCAGAAAAGCAGAUGGAGCUUACUAAGCUUCUAAAUGAAUGGGCUAUGUACAUCAAGAAGAAAAUGAAUGGAAAAAAGCUAAGCAGCAAUACAUACUUAACUGAAGCAGAACCAUUUCUUAAGCAAUUCGCUGAGCGAAGUGUCAAGAAUAAGAAACUAGUCGGGGCAGCUGGAAUAGACAUUGAUGUCGAUGAUUUCUUAGCACAGAAAGCAGCCCAGGAAGGCGAUGAGGAUGAGUUUAUUUCCGACAGCGAUCAUGCACCCGUUCCGACUGCGCCGAGCCCUCACGCUUCAGCAAUCAAAGCUCAAGGAAUGGUCGUCUUCUUUCCUGGAAUACCUGGCUGUGCCAAAUCUUGUCUCUGUAAAGAAAUUAUAAAUUCUUGGUCUGGAUUUGUAAUGCACAACCUGAUGGGUGAUGUGAUAAAGGGAAAGUACUGGCAGAAGCUUAAUAAUGAUAGGACUAAGAAUCCUCGCAGAAUCACCUUUGCUGAUAAGAAUGCACCGAACAAGGAGGUGUGGCAAACGAUCCAGAAGAUAUGUAAGACCACCACUGCGAUUGGUGUACCUGUCGUACCGGAAUCAGAGGGCACAGGGCUCAAUCCAUAUUCGCUGGAUAUAUUGGCAGUAUUUAUAUAUAGAGUCCUUCUGCGGAGCAACCACCCCGGGAGGUUGGACAAAAGUACACCGAAUCCUGGAUACGUGUUGCUGAUGUUUUACAAUCUAUAUGAUGGCAUGGAUCGCGAGGAGUUUGAAGAGGAGCUGAUACGUCGAUUUGGUCAUAUUGUGAAAAUGCCUGUGCUGAAACACAACAGGACACCUAUGCCUUCAGAUGUUUUGAAAAUUAUUGAAGAAGGUCUAGAUCUCUAUAGGCGUCACACGGAUAAGUAUGGAAGGUUGGAAAGUCUUAAUGGCUCUUUUAAAGAUGAAUGGGUGCAAUGGGAGAAGCGGUUGAAUGAAAUAUUGUUUGCACACAAGGAACACCUUCUUGAAAUUCAGGUACCAUUUCAAGAAGUAGUCGAAAAUGUGCAAAAGCAACUGACGGCUAUCACUAGUGGAGAUUUUAUUAUGCAUGUUCCUGUUGACAAAGAGGAGGAUCGGUCGUUCCGCACUCUUAGAUUUGUUGCUGUUACUUUGAACACCGAUGAGGUUUUGGAGGUUCUCCUUCAGGCAUCAGUAGAAAACCCUGAAGUGAAAGCUCUGUUGUCAACAAAAAACUUGAAAGAGUCCUUAGGGAAAGCUCAUGUCACUUUGGCACAUAAAGCUUCUCAUGGAGGGGCUGCCUUGGCAUCUCUUGCUCCCUUACGCGGGUCUGAAACUCAAGUGCAGCUUGUGGCUCUCCUCUAUUCCAAUGAGCUAGUUGCUUUGGAAGUUAGUUUAACAACUGAGAAGAAUACGUCGCUUUCAAUGAACGAGUGGCCCCAUUUAACGGUAUGGACUGCUCCUGGGAUCAAAGCCAAGGAGGCGAACAAUUUGCCACAGAUGGUGAAAACAGGGAAAGCUAGUCGCCUGGAUUUGAAACCAGUCACUUUAUCUGGGCAAAUCAACUUCUACUGAGAAACUUGGGUAUUAUGUAAAUGGUGUACUUUGAUGGUUCAUUGUGUUAAUUUGCGAAGGAUGAUAUCAGGCUCAGACUCGAUAUAGUUAUGAAAAUGUAUGACGUUCAUAUGUAUGAUACCACAAGUAUCCCACAUGCAAUAUUAUUUAGUUGUUUUUGUCAAAUUUAUAUUCGCAGUCAUAAUAAAAUAACUACAAGAUUAUAUCUA